CGUCAGUCAACUUCUAGGCACAUUUUCUCUCACUAUAUAUGAACCAGACAAACUAACCUUCCCCGAGCUAACUAUCAGCAACAGCCUCUCAAAGUCACAUCAUCAUCAGUCAGACCCCCAAAACCUCAGACGACAUGGCCACCAUCGCUCCCAGAGUGAAGAAAUAUUUCACCAUCCUUGAGAACAAUCCCGAUGUAAUGAACUUCCUCGCUACUGCCCUUGGGCUCUCACCAUCUUCCCAGCUUAGCUUCCACGACAUCUACUCCCUCACAGAUCCAGACCUCUUGGCUCUCAUCCCACGUCCCGUUCACGCCCUCCUCGUCAUCAUACCCAUGACACCAACAUGGCACGCUGCACGUGUAGCAGAGGACAGCACCAUGCCGGAAGAAUAUCCUGGUAAAGGGAGUGAAGAACCAGUUCUCUGGUUCAAGCAGACAAUCGGCGAUGCAUGCGGCAGUAUCGGUCUCCUGCACUGCUUACUGAACGGCGAAGCGGCAAAGCACAUCGUACCGGGCUCCACGCUCGACCGUAUCAGACUCGAUGCACUGGACAAGGGGAUGUGGGAGCGUGCGAGAGUACUAGAAGAGAACGGAGACUACGAGGCCGCCCACGAGGAGGCGGCGAAGCUGGGCGACACGCGAACGCCUGAUAAGCAAGCGGAUGAACACAGGGGGCAGCAUUUCGUGGCAUUUGUGAAGGGCAGGGAUGGUCAUCUGUGGGAGUUGGAAGGAUCGAGGAGAGGACCGUUGGAUCGGGGUGCGCUCAAAGACGGGGAGGAUCUAUUGAGUGAGGCGGCGUUGGAAAAAGGAUUGGGGAGGCUGAUGAGGACUGAGAUGGAGAAUGGCGGGGACCUGAGGUUCUCCGCAAUUGCAUUGGCGGGAAGUUGAGCUUGGAGAUGGAACCUGUGUUCCACACCAAGGCAGAGGUAAAGUAGGCUGAUUGCCAUUCCUAAAGGGACCAUCAGCCGUCGAGCUGCACUGCAUGUGAAUUUCGCAGAGAGCCAAUAGCUUCUUACCCUAUGUUCGCCUCCAGGGCUUCUUUGCUCAACUAUCGUCAGAGGGAACUUCGAUAACUGGACAACUGGACAGCAUUCCACAGUCAAAUAAUGCAAGAACCCAUAGUGAGCAUACUGCGUUUCUAUCGUCCGCUUCCCAGCUACCCAGGCGACGGGAUAAAUGUCGCUCCGACUUUCGAAACCAACCUUCUUCGCUGCAAGUACUGCUUCUUUUCACAUCCGACUGAACACCCCCCUGCACUUCCUCUGUACUGCUGUUUUCCACAUCUAAUUUAAACAGCUACUAGGCGCAGCAAUAUAGGAGGUCCCGCAAUUAGCUUUGUAGUGCACCUCUACGU